AGUCUUGCAAGUUUUAAAGAUAAUCUCUUGGGAAUUUCCUGGGUUGAUAGCUCCUGGAUUCCAAUAUUAAACAAUGGGAGUGUGUUGGACUACUUCUCAGAGCGAAGUAACCCAUUCUAUGACCGAACAUGCAACAAUGAAGUUGUCAAAAUGCAGCGGAUGACCUUGGACCAUUUGAACCAAAUGAUUGGAGUGGAGUAUAUCCUUCUUCAUGCUCAAGAGCCCAUUCUUUUCAUUAUCCGAAAGCAGCAAAGGCAGUCUCCAACACAAGUUAUUCCAUUGGCUGACUACUAUAUUAUUGCUGGUGUGAUUUAUCAGGCACCUGACUUGGGGUCUGUCAUUAACUCCAGAGUUCUCACUGCAGUGCAUGGGAUUCAGUCUGCUUUUGAAGAAGCUAUGUCCUACUGUCGCUAUCACCCAUCCAAAGGCUAUUGGUGGCAUUUCAAAGAUCAAGAAGAACGAGAGAAGGCUAAACCAAAAGCCAAGAAGAAGGAAGAACCAAGUUCUAUUUUCCAAAGGCAACGGGUAGAUGCUUUGCUUCUAGACCUGAGACAAAAGUUUCCACCUAGAUUUGUUCAGCAAAAGCCUGGAGAAAAGCCCAUCCCAGUGGAUCAAAUCAAGAAGGAACCAGAACCAGCCCCUGAACCUAUCAAGCCAGAGGAGAAAGAGACUGUAAAGAAUGCUCAACAGAGUGCUGGCACUAAAGGACCUCCUGAAAAACGAAUGAGACUCCAGUGAAGGAAACUGUUACACAUCUGGAUUAGUCAGUACCUGAAAGUCUACAGAGAUUCUUUCUUCCUUUCCUUAAUAUUUAAGCUCUUCACCAAGACUGUGACAAUUCAGGGAUUGAAGUCCCUACAGCAGCUCUUUCUGUAGAAACUUACUGUAGAAACGUCAGUGGCAGGAUGUGAGCUGCUUCGAAGAAAGUAUUUUCAGUUUUCAUUCUGUUUUGGACAUUGACUUCUGAGAAUGGUCUUUACUUCAGGGUAUGUUUUUGCAGCCUCCUGAAAUCCUUACGUUCUCUUGUGUCCCUUGUCUUGGUUUCCUAUGUAAAAAGAAAAACUUUUAUAAAAAGACUUGUUCUUGGUGAAUUGCAUCCUGGGUGCU